CUUCCCGCUCCCGCCCACACGUCCCCGGCGGGGCGGAGCCGUCGCUGGUGUUAUGGCGUCUUGGGCGCUGUUGGCGAAGGAACAGCCGCUGCGGUGCCAAUAGAGAGCGACGGAACCGGGCGGGCCGGGCAUGGAGAGCCUGGCGCAGCCCCCGCCGCCUCCGGGCUCGCUGAAGACGGGCGGCGGGGGCGCUGCCAGCCAGCUCCUCCUGGAAGAGGCGGCGGCAGGCGAGGGCGGCUGCCGCGACGGGCCCGCGGCGGCUGAGGAGGGCGGCGGGCGGCGCAGCCCUUCCCCUCCCCGGGCCCCCGCUCUCGCCGUGGUCCCCUGUACGACGUCUCCCUCGCUGGCCCCUGAAAGCAGCACGCCGGCGGCGGAAGGCGCGGGGCUGGCGGUGCUGGAAAGCCCCGAAGCGGCGCCUACAUCGGAGAGCGGUCCCGCGGGGGCUGGCUCCGGGAGCAGCGGGGCUCCCAGUCCCCCGGGGGAAGAGUCCCGGAGCCUGGACUCGUUGGACUCCUUUUCUAACCUGCACUCCUGCUGCCCGAGCAGCUCCGAGCUCAACAGCGAUGCCGAGGAGGCGGUGGUGGCAGGGGCCUCCUCGGAGGGCGCGGCUCCGGAGCCCGAAGGGGAUAGGCCCGCUGCGGGCUCCCAGCUCCUCUCCGCCUCUAAGGAGCGCUUCCCGGGCCAGUCGGUCUAUCACAUCAAGUGGGUCCGCUGGAAGGAGGAAAACACUCCCGUCAUCACACAGAACGAGAACGGACCCUGCCCGUUGCUGGCCAUCAUGAACGUACUGCUCUUGGCCUGGAAGAUUAAGCUGCCACCAAUGAUGGAAAUCAUAACGGCUGAACAGCUGAUGGAAUACUUGGGAGACUAUAUUCUUGAUGCAAAACCUAAAGAGAUAUCUGAAAUUCAGCGUCUAAAUUAUGAGCAGAAUAUGAGUGAUGCAAUGGCGAUUCUACAUAAGUUACAGACGGGUCUGGAUGUCAAUGUGAAGUUUACAGGUGUACGAGUGUUUGAAUACACACCUGAAUGCAUAGUGUUUGAUCUUCUUGAUAUCCCCUUGUACCAUGGAUGGUUAGUGGACCCUCAGGUUGCUGACAUAGUAAAAGCAGUUGGUAACUGCAGUUACAAUCAGCUGGUGGAGAAGAUAAUUUCUUGUAAACAGUCAGACAACAGUGAACUGGUUAGUGAAGGAUUUGUAGCUGAGCAAUUUCUAAAUAACACAGCUACACAGCUGACAUACCAUGGACUGUGUGAGUUGACUUCAGCUGUCCAGGAGGGAGAGCUUUGUGUAUUCUUCAGGAAUAAUCAUUUCAGCACCAUGACCAAAUACAAGGGCCAGCUUUACCUGCUGGUGACAGAUCAGGGCUUUCUCACAGAAGAGAAAGUUGUUUGGGAAAGCUUGCACAAUGUGGAUGGUGAUGGAAACUUCUGUGAUUCUGAGUUCCACCUACGGCCUCCAUCAGACCCUGAAACUGUCUACAGAGGGCAGCAGGAUCAAAUAGAUCAAGAUUACCUGAUGGCAUUGUCUCUACAACAAGAGCAGCAAAAUCAAGAGAUUAACUGGGAACAGAUCCCAGAAGGAAUCAGCGAUCUAGAGCUAGCAAAGAAGCUCCAGGAAGAGGAGGACAGGAGAGCUUCUCAGUACUAUCAGGAACAAGAACAAGCAGCUGCUCAGGUCCAGCAGGUACAAGGUGCUGCUUCUCCAGCAAGCGGAAGACAAUCUGGGAGUAAUGAACGCAAACGAAAAGAGCCUCGAGAGAAAGAGAGAGAAAAAGAGAAGAAUAGCUGUGUUCUCUUGUAAGAGAAAAUGGAUUUAGUCUGGAGCCAAGUGCAUGUCCUCAGAAGCAAAAACAAGGAGUAAAAAGGAAGACAAACCUGUUACAUGCCGCCUGUGCCUGAUUACCCCAUGGAUUUUGUUCAUGUUUCAAGAGAGGAUGGGUGACUUUGUUACAAUCAUACAGACUUUCUUCAAAGUCAUGGUGUGUGCUGCUCAAGAUGGAAUUCCAAAUCACAGUUGGAUGCGGCUGUGCUUUGAGUUAGUCAUAAGAAAUACUGCACCUUGUAGCUGAACACACAAAUCUUGGCAGUUCUGUGUCAUAGUGACAUCCAUUACUCAUUACAUCAGUUAGUAAGCUAUUUUAUCUUCUACUCUGAACAAAGGAGGUAAUUUGUUUUGUGUAAGACUUUUUCCCGAAGUCUUUACACUAGCACAAUGGAGUUCUGUGUUACUUACAUGGUAUGAAACUAUAUCUUAGGCUCGGUAUAGUCUUCAUGAAACAGGAGCCUGAAUAACAGCUGGGCACUGCCUCCUCAGUGUGUCCAGAUUUCCUUGCUUCUGGAUCUGGUAUGUUCGUUUUUUUUGAACCCAGAUUUAUACUGUGUUACUGCUAUCAUUGCACCUCCUGGCCAGCUUUCUUGCCCCAAGAAUAUGUGACCUGAUAGGCAUCACACAAAAAAUUGUCAUAGAGAAUGGGGCAUUUAUUUAUAAGCAAGAUGAAUAUUGUUUGCUUUUCUUGCAAUUACAAACUGGGUAUGGCAACUCAGAUGUUAUCAGGGUUAAAUAAGUAAUUUUAUAGGUAACUUCUUUUUUCUUUUAGUAUUUUUUCUCUUGUAGGUAAACUGGACCAGAUAAGUUCUUAUUUAUUGACCUCUCUAUAUGAUAGGUGAAUGAUGAGAAGUGACUAAGGUCUAUAAUAAUCAUUAUUCUAUGUAAGAAUGCAGAGUUAAAAUAACUAUCUGCCUUUUUUCCAGAAGUACCUUGAACUUUAACAUGAUGCUAACAUGUCCACUUGUAUAUUUAAGCAAGUGUACUGUAGAUAAAAAAACGCUUAUUUGUUUUAUAAAUCAUGUAUCCUUAAAAAGCACACUUCUGAAGGGUGGUGAGAAGCGAGGCUGUUCUCUGAGACUGUUUGGGAAGGUGGUCAGGUGUAAUAUUUUGUUUUUAAAUCACUAAUUUAGAAUUUUUGGAAAGCAGAUUUUUCUAAUUUAUGGGAACCAAAUAAACACGUUGCGUCUUGUAAUAUUUAUAGACUGCAGGAACAGAACUCUUGCUGAAUUUUGAGGGAACUGCAGAUCUUCCUCCACUUUGAAGUCAGUAACAGUUACCUUCCUGCUGAACCUUUUUGAUAAAGAUUUCUAUUUAGCAAUUUGUAGAUACUUUUGAAAAAGGCUGCUUCUCCCGGACAAGAUACAUAUUUGCGCUCUAAGCCCGGGUAAGUGCAUUAGUGUACAAUAAUCUGGGAAAGCGAAGGCAGACAGGUGGGAUAUGACAUUCCUGGUUUCAGGUGUUCGGAGAAUGUCUGAGGGAGAGUGUGUCUAAACACACGUCCACCAGUAAGAAGCUGCUGUUAGGAACCUAGAAUGAAAAUCAGAUGGAUAGAGGAAGAAUGUCUUACUAACUAAAGGGCCAGUUUGUAUCGCUUUUUUCUUUCAUGCCUCUUUUGGUUUUCCCUCUUUUGUUACAAUUUCCCUUUUAUAAUAAUGAGGUAAUGAACAGUAGGAGGUCUCUAAUACACAAACUGCAAAUUUAAAGAUUUCUCUAUUACCUAGAAAAGUCAUGGCCAGAAAAGUAAUUUUAAUACUUAAUGUAUGCAGAUAAUUUUCCCUGUCAAAGCAAAGGUGGACAUCUUCUUUCCUUUGCAGCAGCCUAACUUCUUCAAAUUAAUGUGAUGGAGGAUCACCAACAUAAUGACUUACCUACUUUAAGCAGAUCAGAAAAUAUUCCAGUAGUGUCAAUAACAAAGACUUUAAGCCAGAAUGUUGUUUAAAAACAUUCUGUUACUAAGAUUUUUCCAAAUUUGUGUAUUUACAUUUAUUUAUUGACCUUGAAAAAUAAAUAUGUCGCGCUAAGUGUUUGUUAUCUUAUUAUUUUCAGUGACAGUACUGCCACUUUAAAUUCCUUUUUCAACAAAUCUAGCUGGAGCAGCAUUGUGGCUAUUGUGUGUAUCUUUUCACCCCAAGAUACUUGCUCAGAUUAGAAGAAUUCAUGUAACAUUUCCAGUUUCAGACAGCUGUGCCUGAAACCUAAUAUACUGUAGUUACAGUAAUGUUGUCAUGUGGUCACAGAGGAAAAAAUGUCAAUAGUCAUCAUGAAGUCUGAACUCCCAGAUAAUUCAGGUUUCCUUUCAAUAAUGGAGUAAAGAGUUUCAGAUUAGAUGAGAUGGCAAACAUGAUGUUCAAACAGUUCUCUGUUUUUAUCCUUUUUACUUUACAGGUCUUGAAGCUUUGGAAAAAAGGUAAAGAAUUUGUGAAAUCUAGUACAUUGUUCUGCACAGGCUGAGCUUGUUAGUAGCAAAAGUUUUAAGUGGAUGAGCUUGAUAGUAUUCAAAAUGAGAAGCAUCUGGAAGCUUUAUUUGUACCCCACUGUGACUAAGCACUCCAAAAGCAACUAUCACAGUUGGUAUCUCUUGACAGCAUCUGAUGAUUAAAAAUAAUGAACAGAAUUGCUUUUAUCUGUAACAGUGAGCUUUGAAAACAAAAUAUUGAUGGAGUACCCGAAAGACAAGUGUUUACUUCUGACUGCUUCAUCUGCCUCCUUUUUGAAGCUAACGUCCUGGUGAAAGAGGGCAGAUUUAUACUUUAAAUCUGUUUAUAAAAUUUAGCAUGCACAUGCUCCAAAUGCCUACAUAAUAUAUAUGAAAGUGUGCAGAAAAGUAGAGUAGCACUUGUUUUCCACUAGAUAAAAGCUAGCACAGAAGACAGAAUCCUAGAAUUUUUUGUUGUUGCAUUGUAGUUGUGAAAUAAAGCUAAAUACAGGUAUUCUUGGAAUUGGCAAAAAACAAUGAGCACUGCCACAGUGAUAAAUGUUUUUCUAAAAGGCACUUUUUAAAUGCUCAAAUGAACCAUUUUUCUUGUGAUGCUUAUGGAAUCUGCAACCCAACACAGCAGAUCCCAAGGAAGAUUGUAACACGAGGAUAAAAUUAGCAUUCCUGAAAAUUCACUUCAAUACAAUGCAAAAAAUACAUUUUGUAGCUAGUCAUCUAGUCAGCAUGUGUUCAGAUUGUCUUUAGAGCUGCUCUUGUGGAUCACAGGCACACAACCUACAAGUGAAGCAUAUGCUCUUCUGUGUACACUUGCACUGGAUUGCUAAUCUCCACUCCCAUUUGGUAUUUCACGUUAUUGUCAAAUGCUUCUUUAAACUUGUACACACAAGUUCUUGGAAAAAAAAAUUCCAGUAUGUAAUAAAAGGCAAUUUGAGUUCUUGAAAUUGAACUUUUGGUGUAUUCAGCAGGAAAUACUGAAGUCAAAGGUGAAGAUAAUGUACAUUUAAUUGAACCUUUCUUCUUUCCUGCUACAAUAGACCUGCAAUACAAAGCUAGCUCGUUGCUUAGAUCAGCUUUCUUACCAUUAGGAUGCUUAUCAUAGUCAAUUGCUGAAGUUUAUACAAAGUACAUUCUUAAAGACAACGUACUGAAUUAAGAGCUGUAUUCAUUUUAUGUAAGAGUAGUCUUUAAUAUUGUAACUGUAAGCAGCAGGUGACUCAUGAAAUGCAAGUUAAUUGAUGCAGUAUCAGCAUUACAAAGCAUAUUACAGAAAAGCAAAAGUAACAAGCCUUAGUUUGGUUGCAAUAUAAUGCUGACAUUUCUUCCAUAUAUGCUAUGAUAACAAGACCUCAGUAGCAAGAAAAGUCUGACACUGAAAAACGUUCAUAUAGUCUAAUGAUAGCAAAUGUUACAUGCAGGAACUUAAACAUAUGCAUUUUAUCUUGUGAUUUCAGUGCAGUUGCUUUUUUUUAAGCAUAAUUAGCAAUAAACUGUUAGCAGUGUUGUUUUGAGUGGGAAAAUUUGGUGAGAUGAAUGACACUUUGUUAUACAAAAUCGUUUAUACAGAAGUCAAUUUGAUGUUAACUUUUGUAGUGUUUUCAUAUAGCUUCUUGUUCACAGACUGUUCUGAUAGUUGUCCAGUAAAAAAGCAAUGCAUUUAAGUUCAACUAUCAUCUGCUUUGAUGGGGAAGAACUGCCAUAGGGAAAUGCUGAGGGGGAAAGAGGCUGGAACAUAAAAGUCCCUACAUCACCUUUUGAGAUUGUUUAGGGAUUUGUCCUUAAUUUUGCUUUUAUUUCACAUAUAAACAGCUGCAGCACAGCAUGCAGUGGCCAAGUCUUCUCAUCUAGGUAAGGCCCAGCAAACUUACUUCAUAUUGGGUUGGGACUGUCUGUCCCUGUACACUCUGUUUUGUGCUCUCGUAAUGCUUGUAGGUCAAGAUGAGCUGUUCUUACCCUCUGAUAAUUUACAGUACUUGUCAGUUCCCUGCUGUUCAGUCCUGGUCAUUGUGUCAGCUUUUACCACGUCUGCCCUAAGCUCUCUUUACCCUGGAGAGUUAGCUCUGGAGAACUUGCUGAAACCUCAAAGUUCUUUAUUGCAUUUACAGUAUGUUCCCUGAUUUGUAGUUUAACUUGUGCUAACGGAGAAGCUUCAUGUGCAGAAAUGAGAAAUUCCUUGGAUUUUAGCAUUUAAGAACUUCAGCUGUCUAUCUUCAGAAGUCAUGAUCCUGUGUUUACUUGACAGCAUAGAAGAAUUCUCAGCACAAUGUUGUUGGGUUUGGGAAAUCCAUAGGGAACAAUUCAGAUCAGUUUCAGUACUCAGAUCAACUGAAGAGCUUGCUAGCUUAGUAUAAACAUUAUGCUCACAAAAAAGUUUGUAAUUUUUGUAAGCAUAAUAACAAUAUGAUGAAAAUAAAUCAUUCUCUAAUCUGUUGGUGAAACAUGAAGCAAGACACUGCAAGCGCUUUAAUCACUAGGUGAAUCACACAUUUAAGGAAGCAGGUGGUGGUGCUGUCGCUAAGAGCCUUGCUGGGGCUAAGGGUGAAAUAUGAUUGAUACGGUCAAACACUAAGACAAAUGCAUAUAGAUCUUGGAAGUGGACAGGGACACAGAAUUGUGUAAGUUACACAUUUUUUUAAAUUAAACUCUUAACUGUCCUUUAGUGCUGACCCCGAUUUCAGUUUAGGUCCCAUCCAGCUCAAGUUGUACCUAUUGUGAAAUUCAUAAGGAUCCAAAGUGAUAUACCAGUGUCAUGAUCAUGAGGUGAUGCCUUUAAACUCACAGAAUCUUAGACUCUCCAUCACAGAGUUGGAUGAAGUAAUGUGACAUUUAGUCUGUUUUAACUUGAAGUUCCUAUUCUCUUUUCAUUUUGAAGCCAUUAGUAAAGCUUGCAUAGACUUAAGCCUUCAGCUGUGGUAUUUUGAAGCUGAAUUAUGCUAAGCAGUCUUGAAAAACUUCCAUUGACAUAGCCUGGCAUUCUUAGCUUUCUAAAUGUGUUUCAGGAAAAGCUGGGAUAACUGCUAGUUUUGUCUGCAGCCUUCUUUUUUCUGGCUCACUGGCACAUGCCAAGGAAAGGGUCAAAACUGCAAUUAGAAGAAACAUCAGUGUGUCAGUGAACUGAAGCGAGCUGAGUGUGGGUACAUCCUUGGGUUUGGGUCAUCGGUGAUUUGGGGAAGCUCCAAAAUAACAAUACAAAAACAGACCUUUUUUCCCCCCUUUAGAUGAACUGUCCAUAUCCAGUCAGUAUUUGCAUUGAGUAUCUUUUCUUAAGGCUUGCUUAUGUGCUUCAAGUCUGUGAAGCUGCUGGAUUAAUGUUUAUGCUUGUAACCUAGUAAAUGCUGCUGAGCAUACACAUAGGAACACUUCUGCCUUCAGGCACAGAAAUAACACUGACAGUCAGUAUUUACGCUUACCAACUCUGAUGCUUUUACAUACAAUGGAUGUAGAAUAGUUAAAGGAAAAUCUAAAUAAAGCUCUUUACCAUUGCUAAAACAUUAUUUUUGGCAAUGGCAAAUUAUAAAAUUUAAUGGAAACUAUGAAGUCAGAGAUAACAAGGUAUUAGUGGUGUUAUGCACUGCAUCUCAAUGAAUACAGAAUAGGCAGGAGUUGUACAAGACUAGCUGUGUUAGCCAGAUGCUGUUGAAAGGCCCCAUUUGAUUUGGUGCCCCAGUUCCUUUACUGUAAAUUCAUGCAGCUCAUGAAUUUAUGCAUUUAUGUCAUGAAGACACAGUGUAGUUUAAGUAGACACAACCAUGCCAUCUUUAGCUACUGCUAACAGUUUUAAUACCGAGGACAAUGAUACGGACUGCUCCAUGUAAUGUAUUAAUUCCAAGUGCAUAUUGUCAUUAAGUCUGUAUUAUAAUUUAAUGUGCCAGCUAUAAUAAAGCUAGCGUGAUUACUUCUGUCCAUGCUAUAACUGCACUUCCUUUCUGUGGAAGAAAAACAGAAAAUUAGAUGACUGUUUUCCUAUAGACUUUGAAACUACCUUGAAAUGCUCUUUGUAACACUGUCUUUUUCGGUCUUAGGAAAUUAAAGAACAUGUAGAAGUUUCUGCAGAAAUGUA